AACUGGAUGGUACCCAAUGUUUAAAGCGAAACAGUAUGUGCUUUGGGGUCUGCUGGCUGCCGGAUUUACAUCCAGUUACCAGACUAACAACUAAGUUUGUCUUCGCCAGUGCAUGCUGCGCUUAGACUUGGGUGCACGUUGGAGAUCCAGUGAUUGGGAAGGAAACAAUACUAGUAAUUUUAGAAUAUUGACCAGAGGGGGAAUGGAGAUGUAAAGAUUGAUAUUUACAUCCGUAACGUUUGACCAUCGGUACGUAAAACUAGGGUUCAUUAUUGUGACUGAGCACUGAGUGAGCAUGGCCAGUCGAUCAAACGUUAGGACUGAAAUGGGCAGUCUAGUGUCUAAAAAGAAGCAGCCUCCACCAGCUAAAGGAGACUCCUCAUCCACACCACAAGCAGCUGGGUCACCUGCCUCGCCACCUGCCGCUGAAUCUGAGGUCAAAGAUCAAGGAGUAUCUACACCUGCAGCACUUCCUGAUGAGAAAGUUAACAAAGCUCCACCACAAGAAGGCGGUGCAGAGGAGGUCAUGGUGGAUGACGAGUCACCAGUGACCGUCACACAGACACCAGUUGCUGUUGCACUGAAGUGUGCAGUGCAGCAAUAUGCCUGGGGUCGCAUUGGUAAGGACAGUGAGGUUGCAACCUUGACCCAGGCAUGUGACCCUUCCUUCCAACUGAAAGAAGAUGAGCCAUAUGCAGAGCUUUGGAUGGGUACGCAUGUCAAAGGUCCGUCCAUCGUUGAAGGUCAAGAGGCCAAAUCAUUGAAGGAUUGGAUCGCCGAUCAACCAGAUUGCCUUGGUGAGAAGGUCAGGUCAAAGUUCAAUGACCAACUGCCGUUUCUCUUCAAGGUGUUAUCUGUUAACAAGUCAUUGUCUAUCCAGGCACACCCACACAAGGCUUUAGCAGAGACUCUUCAUGCUGAACAUCCUGAGAAUUACCCAGAUGACAAUCACAAACCAGAAAUGGCUAUUGCCUUGACACCAUUUGAAGGUCUAAAUGGCUUCAGACCACUCAUUGAAAUUGAUAACUUCCUGAAGACUGUACCAGAAUUCCGAGCUGUAGUUGGGGAAGACAACGCUGACAAAUUCACCGCAGAGCUAGAGGCAGGAGGCAGUGAUUCCAAGAACGUCUUGAAGGAUUGCUUCACGGAAUUGAUGACAAGAGAUCCUGAAUUUGUCAAAGAACAACUGGCUCUCCUUGUCCAGCGACUACAAGCAGAAGAUUCAGAAACUGGCAAGAACCGUGAACUUCUCUUGCGUCUGAAUUCUCAGUUUCCUGGAGAUGUUGGAUGUUUCUGUAGUUUCUUCCUCAAUCACAUGACCUUACAGCCUGGGGAAGCCAUGUUCCUGGGGCCAAAUGAACCCCAUGCAUACCUUAGUGGAAACUGCAUGGAGUGCAUGGCAUGCUCAGAUAAUGUCGUCCGUGCUGGUCUCACCCCAAAGUACAAAGACGUAGAGAACUUGUGCAAGAUGCUGACAUAUCUACCAAGUCCAGCCCAAGACAGACUCUUCCCUAGUGUGACUGACCCAGGGGAUGCUUGUGUCACCAUUUAUGACCCACCAGUGCCUGAUUUUGCUGUGGCAAGGAUAAAGGUUGCAGAGGGAGUAGAGUCAUAUGAAGUAACAGCCUAUGACAGUGCCAGCAUAUUUAUUACCAUCAGUGGCCAAGCCGAGGCAUCACACCCAUCGUUUGGAAAUGGUAAAACCCUGACCCUGAAGAGAGGCUCAGUUAUUUUCAUGUCAGCCAACCACAGCCUUCCUCUUAAACUGGAAAAAGCAGAUGGCCUGCUUGCUUUCAGAGCUUACUGCCCAUUGGAUUGAAAUUGCAACUCGGUUUCAUGUGUCAGCAAAAUCAAGCCAGAAUGUUUAUGUGGUAGGGGGCUCUACACAUGUGACAGUUAAUUUUAUAUUGCUUGGAUUGAAUUUGCAAGACUUUUAAGGUUUGUUUGUUUGUUUGUUUGUUUGUUUCUCUCUCAGUACUUUUUGAAUCUAUUGUUAUUUUGGUUUAACAAUUGUUGGUUAGUUAAAACUUAAACUUUGUAAACGUUUACAGUUUAAAACUCCAUAGAAAUACCUACCGAUAUGAGCACAUGUCUAGUGAAAAGUUUAAUUAUUGUACCAGGAGUUAGUCAAAAUGUUUAUCUAACCCUAACCAUUAUGAAUCUAAUAAGCAUAUGCAUGAUUUUAAUGAUCCCAGGGAAGUUAAUAAUGAAAUUAACUUGUUUCCAUUGAUCUGUUCAGAUGAAAUAACACCUGUGCCUUUUAGUUGAAUAAAAUUGGUUGGGUAUUAAAAUACAAAUAUGCACGUGCAAUGGUAUCAUUGGCAAAACCUAUAUUUUCUUUGUAAGCCGGCCGCAAAGUUUGAAUUAUUUAUGCCAUAAAACAACUUGGUAUAAUUCUAUAUAUUCUUAUUUGUAACUAAGUUUCUUUGAGCAAAAUGAUUAAGAUUUUGAGUCCAUGUUUUUGCUGUAGAAAAAAGUUGUAAGUAGAGAAAAAUCUGUGGCAAAGAAGUUGACCAUGCUUUGUUCUAAAAGAACACAUCACUCAUUGUUUGAACAAAAUUUAUUUUUUUAUGAAUUUGAUAUUAAACUUAAAUUUCAUGUGUACGGGAAAGCUUUAAGUGCAACAGCAACUAGCCACUGGAGCUAAGCUAAAACAUCAAGUCUGUAUAGCAUGCACAGCAUUCUUUAGGAUGAAUGCGGGCAAUUCACAAUACAGAGCGCCACCAAGAGUUUGCCACAGACAGACCACUUUUCAAGGUUGACAUGCUUUAAGUGUACUUAGUACAUAAUUUGGGGAUGUUUGAUUGAUUGAGGCAUUCCCUGCACCUCACAAAACCGUCAUUUUGACUACCUAACACCCAUUCACAUCAAGCAAUUUCGAAUUUUCAACCAAGAUUGACAUACGAAAAACAACAUGGAAAAAAUUCAAGUUUUCUCCGUACAGCAUAGUUAUCGAAUGAGAGUUUGUCAACUAUUUAUCCCAUAAUGCACUGUGAAAAGGCCUCUCUAUGACAACAUCUUGGUGGCACAUUGCAUUGCGUAUCGCCCAUAUUCAUGUUAUGAAAUUUGGAAGGCUGGAAUUUCACUUACCAGAAAUAUACCACGAAUUCUAAGAAAUUGUGAGAGCCUUUUUUUUUUCUGGAAAGGUAUCUAAUGUCAAAUGCUCACUGGGUCAAGUUGAGUUUGAAGGGUCAUAAAAAACAAACAUUUGAUAUUGUUUUUAAAGGAAAUAGAAGGUAUGUGAAAAGUCAGGUACAUAGUUUCAUUGGGUGCCUUAAUUAUUGAAAUUAGACUCCUUGAGGUUUUUAAAUUUACAUUGUCAUAUUGAAGUUGAUCCAUAUGCAAUGACUGAACAUGUUCAAAAAAUGAAUAAAUGGGAUUUUCUGUCUGGCAUAAAUUUCCAAACUGACCUUAAACGUCUGUAAUUUUCACACUUACCUCAUUUCUUGCACUGGUCUCUUGAAAUGCAUUUUAAUAAAUAAGUCUUAUACGUAACAAU